AUGAUUCCUCACUUUGAGUGGCAUGUAUUGGAGGGUAUAGGGGAAAAGGAAAAGAAGAUAAAGGAGGAGGAGGAGGAGGAAAGUGAACAGCUAUGGGGCAACACCCAACUUACAAGGGAUUUCUGUAUCUCCAGGUUGGUCCCACAGAAGGCCACAGGUGUUGAGUUUCUCCCCAGGAUGUGGAUGUUGAAGACAAAUUGGACUUUGGGAAUUUCAAGGAGACCGUCUUGUGUGGAGUUUCUGGACAAGACACAUUCUCUAAGAAGUGACACAGUGUCUUCCUUCCUGGUCUGGAAAUACCAAGUAAGUGGAAUUAAGGUCAUCAGGGCAUAUUUUGGGUUAUCAAUAAUCCGAUACAAAGUGCACGCUAGCCAGGCCUGCAGUGGACCAGAGAAGCAAGAAGAGGAGCAUCCUGGGCAUAUUUACUCACAGUCUUGCAAAAUGGCAGCCACAUAUCUGUCUGCUAUAUUUGACCAUGCUGGUAUCCAUAAGAGGAACACAAAGAUGGAAAACAUCCACUCUGCAUUACAGGACUCAAUAACAUUUGAGGAUGUGGCCAUGGACUUCACCCAGGAGGAAUGGGUGUUAUUGAAUUCACGUCAGAGAAAACUGUACAGAGAUGUGAUGCUGGAGAACUAUAGAAACUUGGCAUCUCUGGAAAAGCAGCUCAGCAAACCCACUGUGAUCACCCAGAUGGAACAGGAAGAUGAAAUGAAAACAGAGACAGGAAAUCACCAAGAUACCUGUUCAAAUGGGAUGGUUCUCCUUAAAACCAAACAAUCACAACAUAAGCAAGAUAUUUUGGAGAAAGAAGCACUCAGUGGCAAGAAGGAGCAAACUCAUGGAGGAAGAUCCAUUGAACAGAGUAAAAUUGCCUUAAGCAUGAAAUCUAGCAUCACUCAGAAUCAGAGAAUUCAUCCUGACGAGAAUCCCCAUCAAUGCCUUCAUCUCAGGAAAGCCCUCAGAGAUUCUUUACACCUUAACCCACAUGAGAACAUUCUUUUGGGGGAAAAAUCCAGUGACUGUAAAAAUGAUAAAAAUACCUUCAUCAGGAGUUCUUUCUUAGCUGUGCAUAAGAAACAACACACAAGAGAGAAAUCCUACAAAUGCACUGACUCUAGGAAAGUCUCAAGUUCAAUCUUAUAUAUUAAGCAUGAAAAAACUUGCAUUAGAGAGAAAUAUUUUCAAUGUAGCCAGUGUGGUAAAGUAUUACAGAACCACUCAUCCGUUGCAUUGCACAUGAGAACCCACAGUGGAGAAAAACCCUUUAAAUGUAACCAGUGUGGGAAAGCCUACAGUUCAAGCUCUUAUCUUACACGGCACAAGAGAAUUCACACUGGGGAGAAGCCCUAUGAAUGCCGUGACUGCGGAAAAACCUUCAGAGAUAGUUCACUUCUUAGACAACAUGAAGGAAUUCAUUCAAGGGACAAACCUUACAAAUGUGAUCAGUGCAACAAAACCUUCAGUAGAAGCUCUAGGCUUACCAUGCACAAGAUAAUACAUACCAAAGAGAAGCCCUAUGCCUGCAAUGAUUGUGGGAAAACCUUCAGUAUUCUUUCAUACCUUACAAGACAUAAGAGGGUCCACACUGGUGAGAAGUCCAUUGAGUGUAGCCACUGUGGAAAAGCAUUAAGUAGUCCAUCAGCCCUGAAGACACACCUGCGGAUACAUACUGGAGAGAAACCUUACAAGUGUGAUCAGUGUGGGAGGACUUUUAGAAUGAGCUGUAAUCUUAAUGUGCACAAGAAAAUGCAUGCUGGAGAGAAACCGUGUACUUGCAAUGACUGCGGGAAAGCCUUCAGGGAUCACUCGUGCCUUAAAGAACACGUGAGAAUUCACACUGGGGAGAAACCCUUUGCAUGUAAUCAGUGUGGGAAAGCCUUCAGAGUGAAAUCUUUCCUCACUUUGCAUAAGAAAAUUCACAUGAAAAUGAAACAAUAUGAGUGUAAGGAGUGUGGGAAAGCCUUCGGUGGUCUCUUAUCUCAUAGGAGACACAUGAAAAAGCACACGAGGGAAAAGAAACCCUUCAAGUGUAAUGAGUGUGAAAAGGCUUUUAGGAGACAUGUGUCCCUUACAAUACACAUAAGAACUCACACUGGAGAGAAACCCUAUGAGUGUGAUCAAUGUGGGAAAACCUUCAGCGUAAGGUGUAAUCUUACUGUGCACAAGAGAGUCCAUACUGGUGAAAAGCCCUAUCAAUGCAGUGUCUGUGGACAUGCUUUCAGUAAGCUCUCCUCCCUUCGACGGCAUCACGAGAGCACUCAUGCUGGAUAA